AUGACAGCAGCAGAGUUGCCUUCGAGUUUCACGGAGUUAAAGAAGCUUAAGUUUUUAUGGAUUACUGUGUCUAAUUUGACUGGGGAAAUCCCAGACACGAUUGGAGAAAUGGAGGCUUUGGUGCAUUUGGAUUUGUCAAUAAACAAUCUGAUUGGGAAAAUUCUGAGCAGUUUGUUUAUGCCAAAGAAUUUAAGUAUUGUGUAUCUUUUCAGAAACCAAUUGUCUGGGGAGAUUCCUCGGGUGGUUGAAGCAUUAAACAUUGAUGUUAUUGACCUCUCAGAUAAUAAAUUGACCGGAAGCUUACCUGAUGAUUUUGGCAGACUCAGAAACAUCACAGGUCUGAGUUUGUUUUUCAAUCAGUUAUCUGGAGAAAUCCCAGACAGUAUUGGCCGUCUUCCAAGUCUGAUGGUCCUAAAAAGUGUUCAUCAAAAUUUAUCAGGGACUCUGCCUCCGGACUUCGGGCAGUUGGUGGGUGUGGUAGCUUUUAACAACCACCUCAUUGGAGAAUUGCCUAAGUCCCUUGGCAAUUGCAAUGGUUUGAAAAUUGUGAUUGUCUACAAUAAUAGGCUUUCUGGGGAUAUUCUUAGUGGCCUAUGGACAUCGUUGAAUUUGAGCGUCUUGAUUUUAAGCGACAAUUCGUUUACAGGCGAGCUUCCUCAAAGAGUGGCAACGAAUCUCUCAAGAUUGGAAAUAAAUAACGACAAAUUUUUUGGUACAAGUCCAGCUGGAGUGUCUUCCUGGAGGAAUUUGGUGAUAUUUAAGGCUAGUAAUAACCUCUUUAUUGGCACAAUUCCUCAAGAAUUAACAUCUCUUCCUUAUUUAAAAACUCUUUUUCUUGAUCAAAAUCGACUCUCGGACUCCCUUCCACCAGAUAUUAUAUCAUGGAAAACGUUAAAUACUCUAAACCUUCACCAAAAUAAAAUCUCUGGACUUAUUCCUCAGCAAUUUGGUAAUUUGGCCAGUCUUACUGAGUUAGACUUGUCAGAAAACCAAAUUUCUGGCCUAAUCCCACCACAACUUGGCCUCCUGAGGCUCACUUUGCUCAAUCUCUCUUCCAAUCUUUUGACUGGGAGGAUCCCGAUACAAUUCGAAAAUGAUGCAUAUGCCAACAGCUUCCUCAACAAUUUAGUACUUUGUGCGGGUAAGCCAACUCUGAACAUCAGAAAAUGUGACUCACAGGUAGAGCCCCUAAAAUCGAGCAAACAUCCAUCCUAG